CACGCGGAUCAUCAAAAGGCCAUUCCUCUGCACUUGACCUCCCCUCAGAGCCACCACCACACCAUCAUUAGAAGUUCCUCCGCCAUGCAAAUCCCACACUAGGACCAAAUGGUACUCCACAGACUAUUCUCCCUCAUAUGCCACUACUAUGGUACCCCGGGGCGGCCCGCAAGGAUCAAGGAACUGGUGCUGCCGCCCUAUGGGGUGGCGGUCACUCUCGACAUCACGGCGGGCGCAUCGGCAUCUCCCGUCGGGUCAAGCUCGAGCGGGGAGCCGUUCGGAGGCGAGGUUUGCUGCGUGUGCCUGUCGGGAUUGAAGGAGGACGCAGGCGGGGACGUGCGGGUGCUCCCCUGCAUGCACGAGUUCCACAAGGCCUGUGUCGACAGGUGGUUCGACGCCUGCCGGAGGACCUGCCCGAUCUGCCGGUUCUCGAUGGAUGAAGCAGGAGGAGAUGAAGGGUGUCGUAGAGAGGAGGAGCUAACCGAAGAGAUGGUGAUCUGGUUUUCCUCUUUCCAUGCAGCUGGGUUCUAAAAAACAUGUGUCUUCUUCUCGGAUUCAAACUUGCAUAUGUUUUCACAUUAUGUUCUGCUCCUUGUGUUCUGCUUUGACAAAGUUUUUUCUUCAUUGCAUCGCAAUAAAAUGUAUUGGCGAAUGGCUCAAGCAGGACUAUAAUGAGAAAAAAAAAUAAUUAGAAUUCAU